CCCCGGGGCUGCUGGGCCUGCUGGGCCAGGCUGGGCCACCGCCCCUUAUAGCAUUCGCCCCGCCCCCGCCGGCGCCCGGACCGCGCCCCCACCGCCCCGCCUUCCCCUGCCUUUUGUUCUAAACUCCACCGGCCAACAACAGCCGUCCGGGUUAGGGAGGAGUGCCCGGAGGGGCUGGAUCCCUUAGAACUAGUGAGAGCCCGGGAGAGCACAAUUCUGCUCUUCCAAGCCCACUUCAGAAGUCUCAUCCUCCUCCAGGUCUCCGUGGUGACUUGACUUCUUUUAGCCUGUGGCAGGUGGUCGGAUCCCCAAUCCAAACAGCCCUAGCUAACAGGAAGGUGGUACAAUAGCUCCCGCAAGGAGCGGGAUAUUGGAAUAUGACCUCGGGGGGAAACUGAGGCAGAAGUUGGCCAGCCUCACAUCUUAAAACAAAACAGAGACGCGUCUAGGAAGACGCGUAUAGAAAGAUCGGUGGUUGGAAGCACUUGUUGCUCUUGCAGAGAAACCCCAGGUCCGGAUCCUACCACCCACAGGGUGGCUAUCCUAGGGUCUGAUGCCUUCUUCUGACCUCCACUGACACUUGACACACACUGGUGUGUAUCAGACCAGAGACAGUCAGCGAGGAUCUUGGAGGGAGGGGCCAGACUUUUCUGUACUAGCAGACAGAUGACUGGGAGGAGAGGAGCAGGGAUGUUUGAGUUGGACAUUGGAAUCUCAGGUUGUUCCCUGGCCAGGGGGCACACUGGCCAACAGGCUUUUCCUGACCAGUCAGGCUCAGUCAUCUGAAACAUGGACAGCAUCAGAGCUGAGAGGGAGGUCCGAGUGCUGAAAACAGUUUAACUAAUCUCUGCAGGGGGUGUCCAACUGGGCAGGGUACCCUCUUGGAUGACAACAUCUCUACUGGGCACUGCAGGGCUCUUCUGCCAGGCCUUCUUUUCUCUGCUGAAUUCUGGUGGACCAGUACCGCCCUGAGCCGCUGAAAGGUGCAGGGCACAGAGUGGCGAGCUCUAUUGUCACAGUAAAGGCUACAGAAGAGGAGAGAGAAGUCGAGGCACCUGUGCCCACUCUACUCUGGCCAAAGAGGUUUUGACUUGAUCCCAGCCGAAGGUCUCUGAGAAAAAGACUGUAAAAAUCGAGUUCCAGAGGACAGGGAAAGGAAAGGCCUUUGGUGGAUCCUGGGACGGUUACUGUCAAAUUCUGUCUUGUGAUGGGACUCAGAAAGCACAGCCUGGCCUGGCAUCUCCAUUUCCUUCUCUGGUGGUCUCUGUGCCUCUUUUUUCUCUCCUUGGCUUCUGGCAAACCCCUAUUCCACUGUUUGGGUUCUGCGAUGGUCCUAACAGAAAGACCUGCCCUCGCUGCCCCUGCCUUCCGCUUUCCAAAGCUCAACGGAGUCCCCAGGACUCUAGUAGCUCCGCCCUGCAUUAGGAUGGCUCAGGAGCUCUAAAUCCAGGAGGUUACUGGAAGGGCGAGCUUAGGCCCCGCCCAUUUGCGGGGGCGUUCCCAGAGGCCCCGCCUCAGAUCCCGCCCAUUUCACCUGACUCUCGGGACGCUGCCGCGUUAGUUCUCCGCACCGAGCGUCUGCCACGGUCCACGCUUCUUACUCAUCUCCAUCUUGAUCCCACCGCUGUCAUGCCACGAGGAAGCCGCAGUGCGGCUGCCAGGCCGGCCAGCCGCCCAGCCCAUCCUCCUGCGCACCCACCACCCUCAGCCCCCGCCCCCGCACCUGCCACCUCGGGACAGCCGGGUCUUAUGGCUCAGAUGGCAUCCACCGCCGCGGGCGUAGCUGUGGGCUCAGCUGUAGGGCAUGUCAUGGGUAGCGCCCUGACCAGUGCCUUCAGUGGGGGAAGCUCAGAGCCUGCCCAGCCUGCGGUCCAGCAGGCCCCUGCCCGUCCUGCCUCUCACCCCCUGCAGAUGGGGCCCUGCGCCUAUGAGAUCAAGCAGUUCCUGGACUGCUCCACCACUCAGAGCGACCUAACCCUGUGUGAGGGCUUCAGUGAGGCCCUCAAACAGUGCAAAUACAAUCACGGUCUGAGCUCCCUACCCUGAAGAGGCUGUGGGCUUGCUCGUAGCCUAACCCCUCACCGACAGUUUGAUGGCGAAGAGACGGUCCUUGUGCGUAAGGAAGGACAGUUCUCACCCCGCAGAAUAACAGGAGACAGAAAUGUUCAAUUAAAAAGAGUUUACUUUAGACCACA